AAGUUCCUCGAUCCCCUGAGCCCCACUUCUUAAGAAACACAGAGAGAUCAGGCAUUAGGGUGUUUUUCGGAAUGAUUAGGGUGGUUUUUGGGGAAUGAUUUGGGUUUCUUUGCGGAAUGAUCGGGUUUCUUUCUAGGAAUGAUCUGAGUUUUUUUUCUAGGGAACAAUUAGGGUGGUUUUUGGGGAAUGAUUUGGGUUUCUUUCCACAAUGAUCAAGGUUUCUUUCUAGGAGAGAUCUGGGUUUUUUUCUGGGGAACGAUUGGGUUUUUUUUUCUGGGGAAUGAUUAGGGUGGUUUUUGGGGAAUGAUUUGAGUUUCUUUCUAGAAUGAUCAGGGGAGCGAUCUAGGAAGGACAUUCGAUGGAUGCGCUACUGGCAGUUUCGUUUCCUUUGAGCUUUUUGCUGGUACUGUAUACACUAAUAUUUUUGAAAAUUUUAUUUAUAGAACCUAGCUCUUUCUCUCUGUUUUAUAUGAUGAUAGACUGAUAGUGAAUGCAUUUUCUUUGAAUGGCAUGAUGGAGAAAUCGUUAGAAGAGCACCUGAUGUGAUUCGACAUUUGAAAGAGGAAAAUGAGUGGUUGAAGUCUCAACGGAAAAGGGUUCCAAGAGGACAAAGAGGUAACCUGAGUCACGUUGAAAAUUGCAUUGAGAAUCUAAGGGCUGACUUGAGGGGGAUGAAUGUUGAAGGAAGCAUUGAGAAGGUGAGAGCUGAUUUGAAGGAAAUAGAUUUUGAAAGGCCUAUUGAGAUGCUAAAGGAUGAAAUGUCCACGGAGUUAGUGUAGGAUGAAAGCAAUGGGUGAUGGUGUUUGUAUUGGAGUUGAGAAUUCAGUUAGGAGGUUGAUUAAGAAGUUGUUGCUGACUAUUGUAGUUGUUGUGGUUAUUAUAGCAUUUGUUUAUGGUCAGCUAUAAAAUGACCAAUUCCUAAACUGUUUUUGUUAAGCUGCUCUUUUGUUAAGUUAGAAGGUGGUAGUUAAUGUAGACAUUGGCAGCUAUGUAGGAUUUUGUAUGUAGACAUUGGCAGCCAUGUCUCUUGUACAAUCUGUAUCCAUAUUCUUCCUUAUCAAUGACAAAAACGCUUUUGCAGUAAAUGAGUCUUUACUUC